UCCGCUCGUGGAUGCUUGUCUUUUAAUCCUUUAAUGUCACAUGGUCUCCCUUUCUUGUUGUCAUUCGAGUCGCAAUACUCGAUGUCUAGCCAAUCAGCGUCGGUGUGAUGGUGACACGUGCUUCCAAGUGAUAUUCAAAUGUCAAGACCUUACCAUAUUUUAUUCUCAAAAAAAUAUACACAAAUAAUUUUAUUCAGGUUUUUUCAUAUUUAGUGACAAGGAAACUAAAACAUUAUCUAAAAUAGUGUUAUUAAUAUGAGAAUUAUAAGUUUCUUUUCAUCAUCUCAACAAGUGGAAGUUAUUGAAGAGUGAAAUUUUUCAAUUACCAAAAAAAAAACGCAUCUAUGAACCUGUUUUGUUAAUCAACGAUUUUUUUGGAAUAUUUAAGUUGAUUUGUUUUAUGAAACAUAACGAAUUUUUGGAUUAUUAUAUAAUUCUUAAAGAAAUUCUGUUUAAAUAAGAAUUAAAAGAGCAAAGUGAUACUGUGCAGGAGUUUAAUUAAAAACUUAAUGAAGUGAAUUAAAUUUGAUCCACUGAAGAAAAAUGUAGAUAAAUCUUUCUUAAAAACUUCGUUUAAAUACCAUGAUUUCUACUAAUUAUUCUUAAAAAGCAUAUUUAAAAUUUAUGUUCUCAAAAUGAAGUUGAUUAGAAAUGUUUUUUCAUACGUUGCCAAUAACAAUUAUUUUAAAUAUAGUGAACAUUUUAAUCAGUAGUCAUGUGUUUUCUAGUAAUGUGAAACAAAACUGAAUUAAUAAUGCCACGACCGUCGCGUGACACGUACGGUGAUCAAAAGCCACCUUAUUCUUAUAUUUCGCUAACAGCCAUGGCAAUAUGGUCAUCAAGAGACAAGAUGUUGCCUCUAGCUGAGAUUUAUAAAUUUAUAGCAGAUCGAUUUCCAUAUUAUCGAAAGGACACUCGUCGAUGGCAAAAUUCCCUUCGUCAUAAUCUUUCUUUCAACGACUGUUUUAUAAAGGUUCCGCGAGGUCCUCACAGGCCAGGAAAAGGAGCUUAUUGGGCCCUACAUCCCGCAGCCCUUUCUAUGUUUGAAAAUGGAUCUCUUCUUCGACGACGGAAACGUUUUAAGCUUCAUAAGCCAGAUAAAGAACUUUUAAAAUCAGAACUGCAAGCCCUUGCUUCUGCUAUGCCGCCACCACGACCAGAACCUGCUAGUUCAACAAGUCCUAGUGAAACAAGUAAUGGACUUAGUGUAGCGAAUCUUCAUCGACUAAGGGAGGAUCUUCUCAGGUGGGAGAUGCAGGAGAGGCGAAUGAUGCUAGCAGCAGCGGCGGCUGCAGCAUCGGCAACCACGGGAAACUUUGGCUUUACUGAAACGUCAGCAGGCAUUGGAACAGGGACGGAUGCGUGUCGUACCAACAUUCCCUGUACUGGAUACUAUCUUCUUUCAUCUGAAGCUAGACAAAGAUUAGCCAAUACCGUUCCCGAAGUUGGAAGUGAAGCCACAAGUCCUUACGAGCCAACAACUCUUCUUCAUCCUGGAUCGUGGAAUUUCACCGGACUGGGAGGAACUCCUUACAUUUCCCAAUUACCAGCCUAUCCUCAUUCAUCAUCAGCUUCCGAAUUAACUGAAAGAAGACGGAGCAUUCCAUCGUUAACACUGGGCGAGAGUGAGUCGACCAUUUGUUCCUUAGCAAGGGAUGUCGAACCCUUCUCAGAAAUUUCCUAUGAGGCUGGGUACUAUCAUCGAGAAAGACCUGACGAAGAAUCCUCUAUCUCAACUUCCUCGAGAUUGGAGGCUCUUUAUUCAGACACAUCAGUGACAAAUUUAUCUAGUAAUUUCGCAUCAAGACUGUCUCCUGGCUUUGAAUCUUCUCCGAGUAAUGUUAGUCAACAACAGAGAACUCCCAGGACGAGUCCCACUCUUGAAGUUAUAUCUGUUAGGCAUUCAAAUAUUAGUCCCUCGAAGCAAGUGGGAAAGAAGACAAAAAAACCGUUUACUAUUGAGAAUAUCAUUGCACCUGACGAAGAAGAAAUAUCUUUAAGAAAGUCGUUCGAGGUUGUUGAGAUUAAAUCAACAACUCCAAUGAGAAUGCCGAAACCAUUGUAUACUGCAGGAUACCCUUUACCUUACGGCGCUACCACGUAAGGUGUUGAUCUUUCGAAUAAAUGAAAAAUUUAUAAAUAAAAAUUUUAAUGAAUAA